ACAAUAAAAUGUUCAAGCUGUGCGUAUUCGUUGCUCUGCUGAGCCUGGCGGCUGCUGCCCCCGCUCCAGCACCUGUGCCGGCGCCCGCACCCUCCGGCCUCUGGGGACCCACCGUGGUUGGACCCAGCAUUUGGGGACCCACAGUUGUUGGACCACAUGUCGUGGCAGCAGCUCCAGUCGCUAUUGCACCACGUGUCGUUCAAGUUGUGCCCGGCGCUGUGUCCCAUGUGUCUGUCAGUCAGCUGCAUCCCUCGCCCGUCCUGGUGAAGAGCAUAUGGUAAAAGCUGUCUUCAAGUUGAGACACAGACGCACACACACGCCGACACACACCCGCACACACACGCGCUGAACACACGUAGCCACUGGCUAAUCCCACUUCUGACAUUGUUUAACCAGCUGAAAUUUCACGUGCCCUGUUUACGAAACAACAGCAACAACAAAAAUC